UCAUCGUUCUGCUUGGUCAGAGUUUUCAAACUUUCUGAUGCUGAUCGCUGACUGUUUUCUGUUCAGAGCAAGUGUUUCAUUUUGUUGGUAGUAGAUAAAGUUUGAAAGCUGCUGAGUGACUGAACAGAGUCUGAACAGAGCGGAGACAUGGAAGCUGUGGUUGGACUGAUGCUGAUGAUACUUGGAGUCUCUCACGGUGGAGAAACUUACUGUGAUGGCAGACAGAAUGGAACUCAGUGUUAUGGAGCUUUGGGAGGAACUGUGGUCAUCAGACUGAUGGACAACGCCCUAGAAAUAUUUAGAUAUGAUGUGAAAAGGGGAUCAUCAGUAAUAUUUAGAUGGAGAAACAAAACGGUUGUAACUAAUGAAAUAAAAGACAGAUCUGUCUUUAGUCCCAGUGAUGGAACAUUUAGGAUCAAUGACCUGAGCAGGAAUGACAGUGGUCAAUAUGAUCUGAUAAUCUUUAACUCAAAUGGAACAAAACUAUCAGAACAGACUCUACAGUUGUUUAUUGAAGCAGAUAAUUUGCCACUAAUAGCUGGUGUACUCUCAGCCCUGGUCAUUGUCUUGGUUGUGGUCUUAUCAGUCAUCUGGGCUCUGAAGAAAAAGCAAAGAAACAACAAACCUAAAGAGGAAAGAAAUGACCAGGAAUUAACCUACGCUGAUGUCAGUAUCGUGCAGCAGCAGAGGAAGCAGACUGAGCAAAGGACGAAUCCGGAGGUGGAGUACGAUCAAGUCAAGUUUUCGGCACGACCCCAGCAGACUGAAACAUAAAAUGAAGGGAGGAAGCCCUUCAGUUUCUCCUUUUCUGUUUCAACCGUCCCAGCCGAUUUCACAGAUAACAACUGAACACUUCUUAACAAGUGAGCACUCAUCUGUUUCUGUCCCUUUCUCCGUCUCCGGCCUGAGCCACAAAAGGCCUACCUGCACCCCAAACCUUCCCCCCCCAUCUGACCCCCUGUCUGCACUGAGGAUCUGUGAACAGGCGUCAGUUCUUUCAGAGAGAGAGGACCAGGAAGGCUCCAUGAACUAACGGAGUGUUUCUGUCCUGCCUGAAAGUCUGUGUCGUCUCAAACACCCCACCAUCAUUUUGCUCCCCAGUAAGUCACCGGAGUUAAUGACUACAGACCUGGUGCCCUGACGCCUGUGGUCAUGAAAUCCUUGGAGCGACUGGUGUUGGCGACUUGGUGUCACUGCUAGACCCCCUGCAGUUUGCCUAUAGGACAAGAGUGGGAAGCAUCACAUCCAUCAUCUAGACUCUCAGCACUGAGAAUUUAAAUAGAUCCUCAGACAGGAACAG